CUUUUUGUAAAUUGAGUGAGAAGAAUGAAAUGGGGAUUGAGAUGAUUGGGGGAUAAGCACCAAAUAACAAUGUGGUAUUACAACACAUUCCAUUAUGCUUCUGAAAUGGCAAAAAAGCUUCAAAGAUGUGGUCCAAUGAGCCAACUUGGAUAGAUGGAAAUAAAGAAGCUUAGCUGGCUAAUGCUAAUACAUGCCAAUGAUUUGCUUUAGCUAUGAUUUAUCUUUCUAGGCGCUGGAUACAAACUUAUUAUGCUUAAACCAGAUAUGCUCAGAUCUAAUUGGUGGACCUUUAAUUUAAAGAUUUGCUUCUCUCAUUAUCCACUUCUGAAUUUAUUUUAUAAUUCUUGUAAUCAAAAAGUAAUUUCAUAUGCUUUUGACAAGUAAUAAUUACCGUAUUACGGCUGCUUACCUGCUGUGGUGCUGUUGUCUUUUUCAAGGAUGUGGUCCACAUCUUGUAUGAGCCUAUAAGAAAUGUGAUUAUCAAGUUUGCUCCCCUCUGGUGCAAGUCUUUGUGCUGCGAAGUUACAUCGAGAGGUGAUAUUUCUGAGUGAAGAAACAGAUAUCCUUCGUGAGCUUAACUAAUGACAUGUCUUUGGGAAAAAAAAAAUCAGAAAGAAUGAACUAAUGACAUGUACAAGAAAUUAAAGAUAAAGUGGAAAAAGUCUCAAUUCAGUAAUGCACUAAGCUCCCUCUUCUGGCUUUAUGUGAACCUUUUUUUAUUGUAUAAUGAUUUAGUUGAAUAUGAUGUUGGCUCUGCAUGACUGUGAUUGUUCUUUUGGUGGCUCUACUACAAUAUAUUUUGCUGGCUCUACUAUAAUAUACUUUGCAUCUCCUAUAAAUUGUACCAUUCCGAAACAUUUGGCAUGCCGGGAACUUUUCAUUCCAAUGGAUGAGGCAGUGAACCAAAAAUCUACCAACUUUAAUCUCCUUUCAACCGGAAAAAAUGGAACAGAUAUUGUCUGUUGCAAAACUGCUGCUUCAGAUAAAAAGCUUAGAAUAUUUGGCUUUGAGGUAAAUCCUUGUCCGAAGGAUAUCAUUUGUUCAAAAACUGAAAGUGACGAGAGCAUAAGCUCCUCUGCAACAUUUGCAGAUGAAAGACUAGGGGGAAAAACUUCCAUCUGUAUGAAUUCCUCUGGCAUAGUUCUUCCCAACCCAAAUGCAAACCUCAUAAACUUGAGCUCCUCAGCUGUCAGGGAAUUUGAAUAUGAGUGCAACUUCUGUUUGAAGAAGUUUACAAACUCACAGGCACUGGGAGGUCACCAGAAUGCCCAUCGAAAAGAGAGGCUGAAGAAGAAAAGGAUGGAUCUUGAAGCAAAAAGGGCUAGCUACCGUCAUGCUUUAAUCAGAAACAAUGCAGUUAUCUACCCUUACUCUUCUCUAAGUCAUCAAGACGACCUUCUCUAUGUUCCUACCAUCACUCAUGGAAGUUCACAUAUCGGUUUCAGCUCGGGUGGUGAAAAGAACCUGUUGGCAUGAACGCAACUGCUUUGUUGAAAAUUGGUAUCUAAAAAUAGGUGCUAAUAGUUCCGGAAAAGAAUUGAGUGUGCUUAUGUUUUACUCCCUUUGUUCACUUUUACUUGUCUAGUAUUUUAAAAAUAGAUUUUCACUUUUACUUGUCACUUUUAGCAUAUCAAGAAAAAACAAUUUAAUUUUUCCUGUUUUACCCAUAGUAUUAAUUACUUACUUCAAAUCAUUUUUCAAAUCUAAUAAAAAUAUUCACCAAUUAAUAUGGAUACAUUGGUAAAUUAUGAACUUCAUUUAUUAUUUCUUAAAUAACUCUAAAGUGAACAGGUAAAAGUGAACGGAGGGAGUAGUAUCUGGCGAAGAUAUAACAGCUAUUUGUACUAACACUGCGUUCAAUAUGUAUAGACCCCCUUAUUUGAAUAUGAGUAAGGCUGAAAAGUCUCCUACAACAUAAAAAAGAUCUUUAUACAUAGUACACGUUAUGGAUUUAAUAUAAAAUUUACUAUAUUUAUACGUUAUGGACCACCAUCAAAGCAAAAAUUCAAGAGAAAUCUUAGGCAGCAUCCAUCUUAAAACUAUAGAGCUUUCUUUUUCUGUCUUCUGUUUAUUAAAAGAAAUGCGAGGUUGACUUUGAUAAUAAGGAGCACUUAGCACCAAAACAUUGCAAUACCUCCAGUAAAUAUGAAGUGACUUCUGAAUUAAACCCAACUGUGCUUCUUAAAGAUCGAACGGCUUAUGCGAAUCUAUCAUACAAUACUAAUGCCGCAACCUUUAAUUAUUU